UGCUCGCUUUGAUGGAUCAAUGACUUUUUUUUUUUUUCUUAAGCUAAAUAUUUUCUUUAAUCCUAUAAACAUCAGGUUUUGUGCUCCUGCUUGCUGCAGGCAGACUAAGCUCUCUGUGUGCCGCCCCGGGCGUGGGGAUGUCGCGGUUUAGGCUGUAGCGGUCCCGGAGGUGAGGCCGAGAACAGGUCGGUGCUCGAGCCCUGUCCUUGACGAGGCGGCCCAGACCUGCCGCGUUCUUCUCGCCUCUUCUGCUGACGAGCUUUCAAAGGCAGGUUGUGAACAGCUUUUUAGAUGCUGUGUCAGUUUUCGCUAACCUCAGCAGCACUUGCAACAGAGGGUGUUCUACAGAAAAAAAGAUAUAGGGUCUGCUUGAGUUCCAUCUUGUCCAGGACUGGUUUCCUGUCUGCUGUCAGCAUGGCAACAUCACUUAGAACUGCGUGGUCCAGCUUCUUUUGGAUGCGUUCAGCAGCAAUCUGUAAGCAGGCGCCACUGCACAAUGAAGCUGUGUAUCGUGCUUGCCAUAAAUCUACAUACUCAGUUCUCCCUGAAGACUACAAUUGCAAAGUGGAACUUGCGGUGACAUCAGAUUUGAAGACAAUUGUCUGCUACCACCCUUCGCUUGAGAUUCCAUAUGAGCAUACAAAACCCAUACCACGGCCAGACCCAGUGAAUAAUAAAGAAGAAACCCUUGAUCAAGUUUUGAAAUCCAGAUUGAAUGAAAAAGAGCUAAAGAACAACAGAGGUCCUACAAUUGAAGAGCUCAGCAAAAUGUUUUACACAACAAAACAUCGCUGGUAUCCUGUAGGACAGUAUCACAGAAGACGCAGGAAUCCUAAUCCUCCUAAAGACAGAUAAUUAAGAUAACUUGUUGUUUGUCAGCACUUUGCUAUUAAUCUGUAUUGGAAAUAAAAAUUACAGAAAAUGA